AUGUCAUCAUCCAUUCUUGGUGGGCCGUCCAGCUCUACAGGUGCUUCCUCCAGCAAUUCAUCUUCAAGUGCCUGCAUGGAUGAUUCAGACAGAAGCAUAGAAAUGUGGAAGAUCAAAAAACUAGUCAAGUCUCUUGAGGCUGCUCGAGGCAAUGGCACAUCCAUGAUAUCGUUAAUCAUCCCGCCUCGCGACCAGAUAUCAAGGAUUUCCAAAAUGCUGGCUGACGAGUUUGGAACGGCAUCGAAUAUCAAAAGCCGUGUCAACCGCCAGUCGGUUUUAUCCGCCAUCACCUCUACACAAAAUAGGCUGAAGCUCUAUAACAAGGUCCCGCAAAACGGGCUCGUCAUUUAUUGCGGCACCGUUCUAACUGAUGAGGGAAAGGAAAAGCUAGUAAACAUUGAUAUGGAGCCCUUUAAGCCAAUCAAUACCUCUCUGUAUCUUUGCGAUAACAAGUUCCACACCGAGGCCCUUUCAGAAUUAUUGGAGUCCGACAUGAAGUUUGGAUUCAUCAUUAUGGAUGGAAACGGAUCUCUUUUUGGAACCGUUUGUGGAAAUACUCGCGAAGUUCUUCACAAACUCUCCGUGGAUUUGCCAAAGAAGCACGGAAGGGGAGGCCAAUCUGCUCUUCGGUUUUCUCGGCUUCGAAUGGAAAAGCGGCAUAACUAUGUAAGAAAAGUGGCCGAGGUUGCUGUUCAAGUAUUUAUAACCAAUGACCGUGUCAACGUUGCUGGCCUUAUCCUUGCAGGAUCUGCUGAUUUUAAAACGGAGCUCAAGACAUCCGAUAUGUUUGACCAACGUCUUCAGGUUAAAGUAAUCAAAACCGUGGAUGUUUCAUAUGGCGGAGAAAAUGGCUUCAACCAGGCAAUUGAUUUGUGCCAGGAAGUGCUUCUAAAUGUCAAGUUUGUCCAAGAAAAGAAGCUUAUUCAAAAAUACUUUGACGAAAUUGCGCUCGAUACAAAUAGGUAUUGCUUCGGGGUUAACGAAACCUUGUUUGCUCUCGAUUCUGGUGCUGUUGAAACCCUUAUUGUGUGGGAAAAUCUCGACAUCAAUAGAUAUACUUUGAGAUCGCCAACCAAUGCUUCUCAGAUCAAAAUUGUCCAUCUUAACAAAGAGCAGGAAAAGGAUCGAAAGGUUUUUCAAGAACCAUCGUCCGGACUUGACUAUGAUGUUGUCGAAAAGGAAUCCCUUCUUGAAUGGCUUGCUACGCAUUUCAAAGAGUUUGGCGCCUCUCUCGAGUUUGUAACCGAUAAGAGUCAAGAAGGAUCUCAAUUUGUAAAAGGUUUUGGAGGAAUAGGUGCAAUCUUGAGAUAUCAACUGGAAGUGCCGUCCCUAGAAGAUUAUGGCCUAUUGGGGGGCGGAGAAGGCCACAAUUCCUACGACGACGAUGACGACUAUUACUAUUAA